UAGCCAGCAGGAAUUCCGCUGAGGUUUCAGCGAUGUCUAAGUACGGUCAGCAGUGCCGCCAACAGCAGCCCGACGCAUCAUCCUCAUCAUCAUCACCAUCAUCAUCAUCAUCAGCAGCAGCAGCAUCACCACCACCAGCCGCAACACCAUCAGCAGCAGCCGCAGCAGAUCUCGUCCUCGUCGGCGUCGUCUUCGCCCUCGUCGGUGGCUUCGUCCUCUUCGUCGCCGGACGCGCCGAGCAGGUGCAACCAGCAGCAGCCGCUACAGCAGCUCUAUCCCUGAACGGAAAGAAAUCGGCAUCGCCCGUCUGUUGUCCAUAG